AUGCUUUGGGCCUUGCUAUGUUCCUGUUUCAAAUUCCAGUUCGGUGAGUUGAUGCGCCUGGAAAAAGGACAAGAAGAAAUGUAUAAAGGGAGGAAACAUGUCGACUCAUUUUCUUUCACUCAAACACAUCAUCAAGUCUCAAGUCAACAACCCCAAGCUACUCCAGUGAACCAAUUCUCAAUCUCAACAAUCAAGAUGUUCCAACUCAAGACCCUUAUCACCCUCCUCGCUUUGGGAGGUUUCUCCGCUAUGGCUGCCCCCACAGAAAAUGUGCCUGUCUCAGAGCACAGCGGAAUCUCUCGCCGAGAGGAUGCCUCCGUCUAUGCCUGUGAGCACAUCAACUACCUACUGGGACUAAACACUAAAUUAACAGCACACCAUGAAAUCAACUUCCCCUCCAACUGGGACAACAAGAUUAGUGACAUCAAGAACAACAACAAGAAUGCCUUGAAAUGCAGAUGGUACGUGAAUCGAGACUGCCAGGGAAGCAGCUACGACACCCAGGAGAACCAGAAGCUCAACGAUGGAAACGGCAACUUCAACGACUCGAUCAGCUCUUGGAAGUGUUGCCACAAGGGAGGCUGCUUCGGCAACCGUGUAGCGGGCAACAGCACUGAGAUUGAGAACAGCAACGCCGAGAUCAAGGCUCAUGUGUAA